GCCAGCCAGCCAGCCAGCCAGCCCUACGGUACCCCCUUCACUUACUCCUGUACACCUCAAAUCGACUUAGCGAUACCCGACCUUAUCCAUCACCACUUCGGAUACACAUACCCCGGCUACACCAUACCAUCUUCUUCCUCACCACUACGCAUCAAACAAUAUGGUUUUCGAAUCGAGUCCCGUCGCCCAAGCCGUCGACGACGACCAUAUAGGUGGCUCCAGCAAUUGUAAUCAAGCAGCACAGCAGCCAGGGCUGCUGUUCGCCAUCGGCCACAGUACUGUGGUCCAACCCGGCUUGUCGAAUCCUGGAUGGGAUCCUGCCAUGCUUGCUCGAAGCAUGUCUCACGUCCCAACUGACGAAUACUUCAGUCAAACAGUUGGUGCGAUCCAGUCGCAGCCGCUUCAGAAGGCUCUGACCCAGCACCCGCAACAACACUACCAAGGCCACAGGGUUGCAGUACCGUUCACAAGUCAGGGCGACCCCAUUGCCAGCAUCAGCGCCGUUCCCAUGAAUCGCUCCCAGUCGGCGCAGCCAGACCUCAUGCGUGGGCAGAUGGGACACCCAAGCAGCACGGGGCAGCCGCUCCCCAUCGUUGACGAGCACGACGUCCUUCAGGGCGUUGGCAAGAGUCCCGCCGACUAUCUUGCUGGUCAGCCCGAUGAAUCGGGCUUUCUGUCUGCUCGCCUUCACGGCUGGGGCAACAUGCCCUUCGACCAGUUUUACUACGCCGACCCGCAGUCGAGAUGCCCUUCAAUGAUCUCCGAUUCCACAAUGCCCGAGGCAGCGCCCAUGACCCGAGGGAACAGCACCAUGUCCAACGCAGUGCAUGUGGGCACACCCAUGGUUCAAUCGACAUCGGCGCAGAGCAUGGUAUACGGACCAGACAUGAACCUGUUCGCAUCCUAUGGCGAUGGCACCAAGGACUCUCUUGUCCCCUUCGACUCGCUCGACGGCUGCGGCGCCAGCUUCAAGCCCCACGGCGACUACACGUCGAAUGACACGGAAGCUGCGAAUGCGAAUCCCGCCCAGUCUGCCGACAUGGAGAGGACCGGGUCGAACGUGAGCACAUCCAGCACCAGCUCCCAGCGGCGGUACCGCGAGCGACAGCAGCAAGUCCUUCGCAACAGUCAAGCGCAGGCCAAGCUGGAACCCAAGCCGCAACCACCCCAGGCCAACGCCGACGCCAAGAAGAACCCAGUUGCCCUCCACAAGUCCACGCAGCAGGCCGCGCCACAGCCUUCCAAGAAGCUUCGCUGCACAGAAUGCACCGACUACACCGAGUUUCGAGGCGACCACGAGCUCCGACGCCACAUGGACGCCAAGCACAACAAGUUCGUCACCGUCUGGCAAUGUCGCGACCCUGCCGCACAGGGCGUGAAUUGCACGGACCGGCCCAAAGUACCCCUACCCGGCUGCAAGAGCUGUGACGCCGGCAAGUUCUACGGCCAAUACUACAAUGCCGCAGCACACCUUCGUCGCGCGCACUUUUCGCCGCGCGAGGCCCGCAGCAACCGCCGCAACUCGAAACAAGAGAAGCGAGGCGGCAGCGCGGGCGGGCACUGGCCUCCCAUGGACGACUUGAAACUCUGGAUGGUCAAGGUGAGCGUGUCCAAGGAGGAUGCCAAGAAGGGCUCCUCCUCGGCCACCUCGAGUCCUUUGGAACCUGCCGCCGGCGCCGACGACGAGAUGAUCAGCUCAGAUGACGCGGAGGUUGGUUCUCAGGAAUCAGGCCCUGCGUCUUUUGGCUUGUCCGAGACCAACCCUACUGGAACCGGGACACCAGACCACAGUGCCUACACUGUCGCGGGUGCGUUCAUGGACUUCAACUACGGGUCGACAAUGCCGGUCAUUGACGGCAUAGGGUACUCGCCCGCAAGCUUCGAGUCCGCUCCAUGGGCCGAUCAUGAUCUCGGCACUUUCGCACACGCACCAUCUUUUGGAUUGGUCGACUCGAUGUUUCCUUCCAACUGAGUACUGCUCCCGUACAUCUCUCUCUGCGCUUGUGCGUUUGGUUCACAUCAUGAUCUUCGCACAUUUUUCUCUUCUCAAAACCAUACUAGGUCUUCCACGAUCUUCUCAAAAACAUUUGCUUACCUGCUCUGCUUGGCGUCGGCACACGGAGCCUGUUUCUUUCUUUCUUCCUUUCCUUUAUUCUUUUAAUUCCUUUUGGGGCUGGCGAAUUGUUUCUUCGCUUCUUUUCUGGUCUGUCAGCCCACUGUACUGAUCACGAUGACAACGAGGGGAG